AUGUUGAAAUUGGAGUCUCCGGAGGUCCGCAUGUCGCUGCCGCUGGAGCCGCGGGCGCCAGACCCCACGACGCUCGCGGCCUAUUGGGCGGAGUACGAGGACCUGUGCCGUCAGAUCAGCACAGCGCAACAUAACGAAGAUGACGAGAACCUCUACGAAGAAGGCGAACUAGAAGCAGAAUGGCUGCAAGCAGCCGGUCUGGCGUCCCUCGCGGCGCCCUUCCAAGAUGGACAGGAAGUAACGGAGGCCCAGCUGGGUGAGGCCGUUAGGCCUUUGCCCCGGGAGCAGGCCGCCGCGGUGCGCCGUCGGGUACGAAGGCUCAACCGUACUGUGAGGAGAAAACGAGCCGCCUCCAGAGCGAAGAAACCCGAUAUCCGGGAUGUGUUCCGUGAUUUAGAGACAUUCAAAGCUCUGACGGCCGAUCUAAGGUGGAAAAUUCUUUGA